UGAAUGAAUCCGAAGAUCAGUUAAUUUCGCGAUACAUCGGGGGUUUACGGGUUAAUUUUCAGGAUACCCUGAACAUGUUCUCACCGGAAACUGUCUCUGAAGCGCACCAGCGAGCCUUGUUAUUGGAACGCCAACUAGCGCGACGUUUGUCACCCUCCAUCUUUACACCGUCACCCGCACCUGCGUCUUCAAGUUUUGCAGCGCCACCAGCUUCAUCGUCCAGCCGCUGCCCGACCGCGCUCCUCGAUGCCUCACCCUAUAGGGCCUGCUCGCGGUCUGUGUUUUGGGUGUGGUAAAUUUGGUCACAGAUUGAUUUCUUGCCCCAAGUCUACACGUGGACUUUUCAUUGCCGAUUCUGAGAUUUCAAAUGAUACCCAACUCCAUUUUGACGCCAUUAUAGAAGAGAAUGUUUCUGCAAUUUUUUUUGCUGGUGACACAGGCCCAUCUCUGCUUGUAAAAAGAUCAUUCCUUGCUCCCAAAGGUCCGGUUGAUGAGAAUGUCAUUUCCAAAUCUGCAGUGGAUAAACUAUGUUUGCCCUCUGAAUCCCACCCUCACCCUUAUAAUUUGUCGUGGUUGGAAUGUGGUAAUCAUGUACAUGUGGAUAAAUGCGUCUUGGUUAAAUUUUCUGUGGGCGACACAUACGUGGACUCUAUUUGGUGUGAUGUAGUCCCCAUGGAUGCGUGUCAGAUUUUGCUUGGUCGACCUUGGCAGUUUGAUCGCAAUGUGAUCCACGAUGGCCGUAAAUAUACUUACAGCUUUAUUUUUUCUGGCGUUAAGAUUGUGAAACUACCGUCUGUGCUGAAACUUCUAACUCCGGUUUCUCCUGCUAAGGUUCUUUUUCUGAAUUAUGCUACCUUUCUUGAGGAAAUGUCUGCAGCCCCUAUUACACUCUUAUUGCUUGGGCAUGAUAUUUGUGAGUCCUCUGACAUUCUUUCUACAGCGUUGCCUAUUAUUGAGGAAUUAUGUGAUGUAUUUCUUGAUGCCCUACCGGAAGGCUUACCACCUCUUCGGGAUAUUCACCAUCAAAUUGAUCUGAUUCCCGGAGCUCCUCUUCCUAACCGACCGCAUCAUCAUAUGAGUCUUGUUGAGCAUGAGGAACUUCGACGCCAGGUAGAAGACCUGCUUCGCAAGGGCCUUGUCGCCAGAGUUUGAGCCCUUGUGCUGUUCCUGAUUUGCUCAUUCCAAAAAAGACAGGCGAGUGGCAUUUGUGUGUUGAUAGCCAGGCUAUCAAUAAAAUUACUGUGCGUUACAGUUUUUCCAUUCCUCGUUUGGAUGACCUCUUGAUCAAUUGGCGAGUGCUGUGAUAUUUAGUAAAUUGGAUUUACACAGUGGGUAUCACCAGAUCUACAUUAGGCCUGGUGACGAGUGGAAGAUGACUUUCAAGACUCGUGAAGGUUUAUUUGAGUGGCUGGUCAUGCUUUUUGGCUUAUCCAAUGCGCCGAGUACUUUUAUGCGUGUUAUGAAUCAAUCUCUUCGUCCGCUGAUUGGCAUUUGUGUGGUGGUUUAUUUUGAUGAUAUUUUGAUAUACAACAGAUCCGACACCGAGCAUGCAGCCCAUCUUCGGGCUGUUUUGUCUAUCCUUCGCGCUGAGCGUUUUUUUCCCUCACCGGCGAAGUACACUUUCUUCACUACAUCCGUGUUAUUCUUGGGAAAUUGCAUUUCUGCGGAUGACAUAAAGGUAGAUGAAGCAAAAAUUAAUGCUAUUCGGGAUUGGCCAACACCUACUUCUCUCACAGAGGUUCGGAGUUUUCAUGGCUUAGCAUCCUUUUACAGGCGUUUCAUUCGACAUUUUAGUACUAUUAUGGCUCCUCUUACCGACACUCUACAUGGUAAGAAUUUUUCAUGGUCAUCUGAAGCGGAGGCUGCGUUCCAUGAGAUGAAACAUCAUUUGACCACUGCCCCCCUUCUCGCUUACCAGAUUUUUCGACCCCAUUCGAUUUGUUCUGUGACGCUUCUAAGGUUGGGAUUGGGGUUGUUCUUUCACAAGCUGGUCGUCCUAUUGCCUUUUUUAGUGAGAAACUUAGUGGUGAUCGUACUCGAUACAACACUUAUGAUGUUGAAUUUUAUGUUCUAGUUCGUGCAAUUCGGCAUUGGCGUCAUUAUUUAUUUCACCGCGAGUUUGUUCUCUACACUGACCAUGAAGCACUAAAGCACUUGGCUUCUCAGGAUUCUCUGUCUGCACGGCAUGCUAAGUGGGUUGCCUUUCUACAGCAAUUUACUUUUAUUGUGUGGCAUCAUGCAGGGGCAGACAACAAGGUCGUCGAUGCUCUUAGUCGGCGUCAUUUAUUGACUGAUAUGCGUAUUGAAGUGACAGGUUUUGACAUGUUUCGGGACCUAUAUACUUCUGAUCCUUUCUUUGAACCAAUUAUUGCCCUCUUGGAUCGAGGUGCUUACGACAACUAUUCUAUUAUUGAUGGAUUUCUAUUUCGGGGCCUUCAUUUAUGCAUUCCGGUAUGUAGCUUACGCCUAUACCUUAUUGCUAAUAUUCAUAAUGUGGGACAUGUUGGUAGCUAUCGCUCUGUUGAGCUUGUGAGUCGACGCUUCUUUUGGCCGACCCUCUAUCGGGAUGUAUCCGGCUUUGUUAUUCGGUGUCACAUCUGCCAGGUGUUGAAAGGCACUACCACCAAUGCGGGUUUGUAUCAUCCCUUGCCAGUCCCUUCUCGUCCAUGGACUACUAUCAGUAUGGAUUUUUUCCUCGGCCUCCCCAGCACUCAACGUGGACAUGAUUCUAUUUUGUUGUCGUUGAUCGGUUUUCUAAGAUGGUUCAUUUCCUUCCAUGCAAACGCACCUCUGAUGCAGUGCAUGUCAUGACUUUAUUAUUUUGCGAUAUAUUUUGUUUGCAUGGUUUACCGCUUUCUAUUGUGUCGGAUCGCGAUUCCUGCUUUCUCGGGUAUUUAUGGCGUUCUCUUCAGCGCAUGGCUAACACUAAUCUGAAUAUUAGCCGUGCAUAUCACCCUCAAAUUGAUUGCCAAAUUGAGGUAGUAAACCGUUCUUUGGGGAAUAUGCUCUGAUGUUUGGUUGGGGACAACCUGAAGACUUGGGAUCUUAAAUUGUGUAUUGCCGAGUUUGCUCAUAACCAAGCUUUGAAUCGUAGCACAUGUUUCUUUCCCUUUUUGGUGGUUUAUGGAUUUGUGCCCCGUGCGCCUAUUGAUCUUCUCAAUUUUUCGUCCAACGUCCCUGCUGAUACGCGUGCCAUCGAUCUCAUCGAGAAAAUCCAACAGAUUUAUGCGACAACACAUACCCACUUGGAAGCUGCAAACUCCGAAUAUAAACUUGUUGUUGAUGCAAAACGACGCGAUGUUCAGUUUGAGGUUGGUGAUUAUGUUUGGACAAUCCUUACUAAGGAUCAUUUUCCGGCCCACGAGUACAGUAAGUUGGCAUCUUGCAAAAUCGGGCCUUUUGAGAUUGUCAAUAAGAUUAAUCCUAAUGCUUACCGUCUUCGCCUUCCCGGUCACAUUCACACAUCAGACGUCUUCAAUGUCAAACAUCUAGUCCCUUACCAUGGUGAUUCCUCUGAUGAAGAUGAAGUUGUGUCCGAUUCGAGGGCGAAUCGUGUGAAGAAGAGGAGAAUGAUGCAGAUGAAGCCGCAAUUCAAUAUUUGAAGAAGAUCGAUCCAACUGUAUUAAAAUUUUAAUUAUAUAAUAUAUUAAUCUUUUAUUUUUAUGUUGGACCUAAAUAUGUUGUGCUUUUGUUAUUGAUCUUGUUUGCAUUUCCUUUAGUAUUUAUACCCUAAAAACAUCCAUUGCUAGGAUUGGAAGAUUGAUAAUAAGAAAAUACAAAGUGUUUAUCCUUU